AUGUCAUCACCGUCACCGUCUUCUCAAGUGGAUGAGAACCUCAUCCACAUCCCAAUACCGCAUUAUCCUCCCUUUAAAUUGAGAUCAUCUUUAAUAGACAAGGAUCCUGUUAUUUGGGUUCACUUACUAGAAGCAUACAUCAACUUAUUUAAGUUUUUAAUUAGUCCUGAAUCUCAAGUUAAAAGACUCAAUGUUAAGUCACAGCAACAAUUACAGCUAUUCUUGAAGGUAUUCUUGUUUGAAACAUCUGAAGAAACCAGUAAGAUUUUUUCUUUAGGGGCAAUUAACCCCGACAUCACCACCAAUACUACAAUUUUAAGAGCUUAUGUAUUUCAGUUGAUUAAAAGUUACAGUUUGGUUAAACUCAGCUUGACAGGAGAGUCUAUUUGGCACUUUAUCACCAUUUACGCAAAGAAUAAUGCAUCAACAGUUCGUGGCUUGGUAGAUGGGACAUUUAAAUCAAAGUACAAUGACAAUAAAAAGUCAGGUAACAUUAGCUCAAUCAGUUCAGUUCAUAAGUACUUAGAAGGUUUGAUUAGUAAUGGCCAGUUCAAGCAAGCUGAUUUAACGACAUUAUCUUAUCUACUAGGUCAACAUACGAGUGCAGGCGCAAAGACUAAGACCUUUAAUAUAUCAGGUGCAAAUUCAAACAACCCCAAAACAAAAAGCAUCAAUAAAAAUCUGACUAAUUCUUCAAAUUUCGCCGAAAAAUUCGUUGAUACUAAUUUUAUUGAAAUUUUAGAAAAGCUUUAUGUAAAUGGAAGAGGUGUUCAUGCCAAAACGGUUGAAAAAAUCAUGGUUGUUUCUAUAAUAUCCUUAUCUACGGCCAAAGUGGCCAAUUUGGUUACGGGACUAGGUAUAAACCAAGUCAAAGCUUUAAUUUUAUCUCCAUUGUUGAGUACGGUGAUUAUUUCGGAUGCUUAUUCUGAGCUUAACCCGGGACUUGAAGAAAGAUUACCAUUUUUACGAAAAUUAACUUUCGUUGGCGACAACUCUGAAGAUGAAUUAAGUAAGGGCGAUUCUAUUGACGUUAGUCCCGAACAUAUAAGCUUGUUACAAGAUCUUUUCCCCCAAUUAACCAAUAAACAAGCAAUCACCGUUUUGAAAGAAAAUAAUGGAGAUGUUGAACAUGUGACCAACAUACUUCUUGAAAAUCCAGAUUCAAUAUCUGAUAUUAAAGAAUAUGAGCCAAAGCGAAAGAGUGCUGAGGAUAGUCAAGAAGCUCAAAGAAGAGUUGCAAACGAAUUGAAAAAGGCUCAGGCUAGAUUUAAAAAUUUCGACAAUGGUGCAAUAGUGCAAGGAAAACAUCAAAUGAGUAAAAAAGAGGUUUCAAAUCCGGAAGAUUUGAAGAAAAAGACUCUUUCUGCAGCUUUGAAACUCAUGUACGAGGAUGAUGAAGAUGAGCCUGAUGAUACAUACGAGGAGCAAGAAAAGACAACCGGUGCUGCUGUUGAUGAUCCUAAUGCAAAGGGAAACAAGGGAAACGCAAGCUCUAAAUUCAAAGUUCUUGUUGACGAUGAUGCUGAGUCUUCAGCUUCACGUAGAAGAGAUGAGACUCCACCCCCAAGAACUGAAAGCAAAAUCGACUUGAUUGAACGAUACUUGUUCAGUGUUUACAAGACAAAAGGUGAAGAGUCAUUCAGCAAAACAGCAAGAAAGGCCAGUUUACGUCAAACCAUGAAAAAAUCCACCGGCUGGUCUGACGAACAAAUCGAAGGCUGGUUGAGAAUGCUCCACAAGUCUCCCAAGAGAUAUAAACUUCUCGAAGAGUAUUUCCUUUUUGGAGGUGGUAAUCCAAAUAGAGCCCCCCAACCUCCACCAAUCGAGAAACUCAAUCUCGGUGAUUCAGAACCACCCCAACCCAAGCCUAUUAAAAUAGAAAAAAAGCCCAAAUCCGACCAAAAAUCUAAUGAAUCAAAUGAUAAAACUAAGGCUAAAAAAGAUAAUGCUAAAAAUGAAAAGAAUAAAGCUUCGCGUGCCAACCAUAACCGUAAGACUGGCCACAAUAAGAAAAUGGCUGCUCAAAUAGCAGGCAUGAGACAGUAAGUCUUCAUAUAUAUAUAUUUGGCUACCUU